CGGCGUGCGAAAGGGCAGCAUGUUCAGCUUCGGCUCUCGGGCGUUCGGGUUUCGGGCCCUUCGAACGGGGUUCGGCUUUCGGCUUUGGUUCGCUCACGCGCGUCGCCGCAGCGCUUCGGUGUAUACGCAACAGAACGAACUGGCCCUCCCGGUCGCCCGGCACCGACACGACCGCUCGCUCGCACACACGCUUGCGCUUGCUUCAACACCGAUGAAACAAGAAAGCCCUCACGCGUUGUACACACGCGCUUACUGCCGCACCGUGUGUACGGGGUGGCCGCCGAACGCGCUGCUUGUGUGUGAGUAAAUGGUGGGUUUGUCGCAGUGGGUAGCCCGGAACGCAGCUCAGUCAGCACGAAACUGUCGUGGCGUUUGCUCUCUCUCCGCUGUGUGGAAGCAUAGAGAACAGAGAAAAGAAAACAGUUUUCCUUGACAUUCGUGGUGCGCGUGUGGCUCUUCGUUUGCAUUUUUAACGGUGUUUGGUGGAAUACGACGAAUUGUUUUUUUUUUUUUGUGUGUGAGUGUUUUUUUGCCGUUCAGCUCCACCACAACAGCACAAGCGGCAAGCAAGGAAAAAGUGUAGUGAGUUAUUUUAAGCCGAUGCGCCGAACAUCAUCAAAGCUAAGUGGUGCUUAAGCGAGUAGGAAAAGUGCGUGCACGAGAGUGAAAAAAUAGUGCGUAGCAAAAUAAUAAUAAUAAUAAAAAAAAAUCAUUUAAGAAAAAAAGUCGCGCACUCCUGAAUUGCUUCGGGGCAGCGAAAACCCCGAAAAUUGUUUGAUCCCGGGUGCGUGAAACUGCGUGAACAGUGUGAACGAGUGAAGGGUUUUUUUUUUUUAGUUUUUUGCAGUGCAAAAGUGCGUGCGGGAAGCGCCAUUUCCCCACAUCAAAACACCAGUGAGCGUAUUGCUUUUGCCCGCAAGCGAAACCACAAACGCACGGACGCCGAGUGGUUGCGCGUGGAGGAGGGAGACGAGGCGACAGCAGCAACAAUCAACCAAACUUGCCUGGACCGCGCCAAAUUAAUUGUCCGCAUUGCAAUAAAUUCAGCACAGUGUCAUUCGCCACAGUGAUAGCCAUAGAAGGAAGAGCAUUCAAAUUGUGAAACGCAAACGGCAAACCAACAACAACAAAAAGGCCCAAAUCCACCCGACCCCACAAGUGCAACACCUUUCCGGGCGGGGGUGUCCUUUCUCGCUGCGUAGCUGCUCUUUCCGCUCGCUAAUCGUUUACAUCUCGCUGCUCCCAUCCCACCCUAUCCAGGCAAUGUGAUCAAGCUGGGCCGGUCGGCUUUAGUUUGUUUUUCGUUUUUUUUUUUUCGUGUAACGUUUUAAUUCCGUUUGAAAAAGUGCGCACCGCCUUCACACGGAGCGCGCGCGGCGGUAGCGCCAACGGUGGAGAAGCAGGCAAAAGAAAAUGAUGGAAAAACAGCUCCUGGUCGCGGUGUAAAAUUUGACGCUGCUCUAGCGACGCGAAAUCAAGCCAGCGCUCGGCUGGUCAGAUAGUAGCAUAAUUGGAUUUCAACUCUUGAUGCGCUCCUGCCCGAUCAGCUUACGGUGCGAGACGGGCAAGUAAAUAGGACGUGUGGCUCCAGCGACAGAAGCGGGGACGCAGAAGGAAGCCACCGUGUGCACGAAAUCGAAUCAACACGCGCGCGUCAAAAGCGAACCGUGCCGUGUGUGUGUCUGUGUGUGUGUGUUUGUGCGUGUUGGGUGGGCGGGCGUCUGUGAGUGGUUGAGCCGAGAGCGGCGUCGGGGCGGAAGAGUGUCCUGCCAUCCUGUGACAAGCGCGCACAAACAGGAGGAACAGCGCGGAUUCGGAAACAAUUCAAGGUCCCGACUAGUGCACAGCCGUACUAGGCGCACUCGGAGAUGCAUCGGGACCGGUAGCCGACGCGACCUUGCCGACGAAGACGACCGACGAUCGAGCGCAGACACAGCAGUAGUAGGGAGCUGCUUUGCGAAAAGUGACAAACAAACCACAACAAAAAAACACAACAACAAAAAAUACACCGAAAAAUGGCAAACGGAAGCCUGCGGUUUACGGUGCUAGUGUACGGCACGUUCGCGCUGCUCCUCUCCCGGACGGUGGUGCACACCACGGCCAGUGCCGGUAGCAGCAGUAGUGGUGGUGGUGGUGGUGGGGUGCAAAAGUUUGCGAUGGAACCGCAGAACCAGACGGCAAUAGUGGGGUCGCGGGUGACGCUGCCCUGCCGGGUCGAGUCGAAGGUGGGCCAGCUCCAGUGGACGAAGGAUGACUUCGGGCUCGGGUGGCACCGGAACCUGAGCGGCUUCGACCGCUACUCGAUGGUCGGGAGCGACGAGGAGGGCGACUACUCGCUCGAGAUCUACCCGCUGAUGCUGGACGACGAGGCACGGUACCAGUGCCAGGUGGGCCGCGGAAAGGAUGGUACGCCCGGCAUUAGGUCGAGCUUCGCCACGCUGACAGUAUUAGUUCCGCCGGAACCGCCGAAAAUAGUGCAGGGUGACUUUCUGGUCACGACCGAGGAUCGGGAGAUUGAGCUCGAGUGUGUGUCGGUCGGCGGCAAACCGGCGGCCGAAAUUACCUGGAUCGACGGGCACGGCACGGUGCUCACCAAGGGCAUCGAGUACGUGAAGGAACCGAUGGGCGAUACCGGCCGCUUCACCGCGAAAUCGAUCCUGAAGCUGACGCCGAAGAAGGAGCACCACAACACGUCCUUCACCUGCCAGGCGCAGAACACGGCCGACCGGACGUACCGGUCGGUGCGGCUCAAGCUGGAGGUGAAGUACGCGCCGAAGGUAAGCGUGAGCGUCGUCGGUGGCGCACUGGCCGGCGGUCGCAUCCCGGAAGGGGCCGAGGUGCGGCUGUCGUGCCGGGCCGACGCGAACCCAAGCGACGUCACCUACCGAUGGUACAGGGCGGACGAACCGAUCGUGGGCGACUACACGACGGAACUGGUCAUACACAACGUCUCGAAGGAGUACCACGACGCGGUGAUCAAGUGCGAGGUGCACAACGCGGUCGGCAAGAGCGAGGAGAGCGAAAUCCUCGACAUCAGCUACGGGCCGACGUUCCGCACCCGGCCCCAGUCGGUCGAGACGGACCUCGACCGGAAGGUGACGCUGGCCUGCGACGUGGACGGCAAUCCGCCGCCCGAGAUCAUCUGGGUGCACGAGGAGUCCGGCCGGAUCGUGUCCAGCAGCGCGAACAUCACGCUGAUGGCGACGCGCGAAACGGCCGGCCGGUACUGCUGCAAGGCGAGCGUGCGCGGCUUCCCGGACAUCGAGGCGACGGCGGCGAUCCAGCUCAAGGGCCCGCCGACGAUCCGGUCGCCCCGCCAGCAGUACGGCUCGGUGAACGACAACUCGCAGAUCCAGUGCGACGCGAUCGCGAUCCCGAAGGCGAAGCAGGUGAUCUGGACGUACAACGGGCUGGAGGUGAGCGGCGAGAACGAGCACACGAUACUGGAGAACCAUUCGCCCGAGGGCGUCCGGUCCACGCUGAUCAUACCGAAGAGCAAGCGGCAGCACUUCGGCGUGUACAACUGCACCGUGCUGAACGAGUACGGCAGCGACUCGCUCGAGAUACAGUUCGCACCGAUGGAGUCGUCGUCGCUGCCGGUCGUCAUCAUACUGAUCGUGGCGGUCGUGUUCAUCACGUUCGUGCUGGUGCUGGUGGUGAGCCUGUGCUGCUGCGAGCGGAAGGGCAACAAGAAGCUGCCGCCGGCGGACGUCAUUACGGAUCAUUACAUGACGGAAAAGACGUGCAAGGAGAGCGACCGGUCGUCCAACGUGAGCGACCUGAAGAUUGACCGGGACCACGAGUACUCCGAAACCUGCUCCGGCACGGACAGUAUCGCGACCCGGCUGGCAAUGAACAUGAUGGGCUCGUCGAGCGGCGGCAGCAACAAUAGUGGCGGUGGAGGAGGAGGAGUAGGAGGAGGAGUGGUCAGUGGAGGUGGUGGCGGUGGCGGUGGUGGUGGUGGUGUACCGCUAGCCGGCCCGGUUCGCAUUCCCAACGAUUAUCGCUACUCGGGUGACUAUUCCGACGGCAUUGGUUCGACGCUGCAGGCGAAAAUUGGACAAAGCAAUGGUGGGUACGUGCCGUACGUCGACUACGCCCAGGACUACAACCUGCCGAUGCACAUAUCGAGCAACGGGCAGCUGCCGAACGGCAACCUAAGCCUGACGCGGAACCGUGAGCUGCGGCAGGACAACGGGCUGCCCAGCAUCCAGAGCGGCAUGGGCUCGCUGUCGGCCGGUUUGAUGAAUACAUCCCUGAUGAACGCACCGAGCAUAGAUCCGCGGUACAGCGCGACGUACGGCAAUCCGUACCUGCGCAGCAGCAGCACCCAUCUGCCCCCGCUGCCCCCGCCCAGCACGGCCAACCCGGCGAUGACGCCGGCCCCGCCACCGUACAGUGCCGGCCGGCAUCCGACCAGCGCCCUGCUGAUGGGCGUCAACAUGGGCGUCAACUCGGGCAGCGUCAUCGGCAUCGGCUCGAGCCUGACCAGCCCGGAAUCGAUCCGGUCGACCAGUGCCGGCAGCAGCGACCCGGCCGGAACCGCGGCCCAGCAGCAGCAGCAGCAGGGCGGCCAGGUGGCCGCCGGACAGACGGGCAGCCCGGCCCCGGGCCAGUUCAUACUGCCCGCGAACGGGGACAUACGCAAGGGGGCGCUGGCGACCCACGUCUAGCGGGGCGGCGGCUCCGCACCACCCCCAUCCACCACCGAGCCAUCGAGAGCGUGCAGAGCGGCGGCCCCGCACCCGUCUCCUUCCAUCGUUUCCUCGCGCUCCUCGCUCCCGCGCCAAGCCAAAACCCCCCAUCCCCCCUCGCGCACUGUGCUGCUUUGCGGGCUUGCAGCCAUUUAGGGGCAUCCGUGUCUCCAUGUGUAGGAUAGGUAUUUUUUUUUAAUUUUCGUUUCCUCAUGAGUGGAUAAGAGAGAGAGAGAGAGAGAGAGAGAGAGAGAGAGAGAGAGGGAGAGAGAGUAUGUGAAUGUGUGUGUGAGUGAUUUUAUCAAUGCUUGCAACCAGCACACGACACACACACACACACAGACAUACACGCGUGGCCAUUAGAUCAUAUUGACCAGAAGUAAUCAAUCCUAGGCUGUAAAUGCGCCCGUGUGCAAUGAUUGCAUUAAGAGAUCGUCCAUAAAUGAUGUAAUGCCAAAAACGAACAAAAAUAUAAUUGUUACGUUGUUUAUGGACGGUCCCCUAAUUGCUACCAGAUAGCGAAACAGGUCUAAUUUUGUGGGCAAAAACAAAGCACACACGCACAUUGGAGUAGGAAACUUUCUUUUUUUUCCAGCUUUCCUGCGUCAUACUCCGCAGCCAAACGAGCGUGACAGCAUAGGAAGCGAUGCUUAAUGUUUUGGUCUUCUUUUAGUUCCGGGGCGACUGUAUGCAGUUUUGUUUUGUAUCUGCCCCUUCCCCGUCACCCCGCUCAUGCAAACUGCCUACGAUGUAAUGGAUGUGUAUGGAGCGUGUCAUACAAACAUACGUACAUAAACACACACACAAACACGCACAAACACCCAAAGGCAAAAUUAACAUGUGCAGCAGCAGCACCGUUUGAUCGUUUAACUUUUUUUUUUAAUCUAUUUUGAUUCAAAAUGUGUGGCCUUAUUAAAUGAGAAAGCAAAAAUGUAGGAAAACAGGAGCAAACCAAAAACACACUACAAAAGAAUGUUAAAAAAAAAACAAUUACACGAAACACACACAAUCACAGUGACACAUGUGCUGCACAUACAAGCGGAAGGAGCGUAGCCAAAUGCUGGUAAAAGGAAUUCAUCAAAGCUCGUCUACUCAUAGCUUAAAUACGACAAUGAGCGUGCGAGCGUGCGAUGUGUGAGUUUACACUUGCGUGUACAUACGUGUGUGUGUGUGUGUGUGCAUAUAUACAUAUAUACUUGGAGUGUUUAUAUAGGGAUAUACACGCAGCUUGACGUGUUGCUUACGAUGUGCGCGCAAGCUGCUUUAGCGAUUCGCUGCUAAACCAUCCCUCUCCCCUUUCUCCUCCUCCUCCUCCGCCCAGCAAAGGUGGAAGAUGUUCGCAGGCCAGCAAAGGUUAGACACAAUUUUAGACUAGCAAAAAAAAAAAAAAAAAACACUCCAACGCCACCACUUUCCAUCGAAACGUACGAAAAGGGGGAAAAGUCAAAGCAAAAUCUCGCUGCACAGGGAUGGUUAGCGCUUUAGCUUAAAAAAGUACACAUGUUUAGCUGAACAUCGGAGCGGGGGUAAAGAGUUUAGUACAUUAUAAUGCUUUUCUUUUUUUUUUUUUUAAAAAAGGAGAAAAAUCCCAAAAUCAUGAAUCGCCAUGAAACAAACAAACAAGCGCGAGGCAUGAGCGGUGGUGGAUUAUUGGACGAGAGGAAAUCACACCGAAAGCCAUGCAAGGCUGAUGCAUGCUGGUGCUUGUGGCCGUGCGCCAUGCGUAUAUGUAUGUGUGUGUGUGUGAGUUCAAAUUGGGAAAGGAAUUCGGAACGAGACAACAACAAAACCAAACUAAGCAGCUUAAAAUAAUUCUUUCUUCGUUUUUGGCAAGUGUAUGUGUGUGUGUCGUUUGUAAAGGUGUGAGAGUGUACGUGUAUCGCACCAGCUGCGAUGCACGCGCGCGCGAUUGAGCACAUUUGUUGUGUUGUUGUUGUUGUUGCUUGCACUGCACGUUUGUCUACCUUGCAGGCGCUUCGAAACUGCACGCAACACCAUUUUCAGCUUUGCACCUUGCCUCCCCCAUAUUACUGUAUCCAUAUGCUUGGUUUAACAAAGACACACACACACACGCACACAUGCACACACUGAGAUAUAAAGUGUGCUUUGGGACGGCGGCACAGCGAAGCAGCCGAACGGAAUUUAUUCGAGAGAAAAGCAAACAAACAAACUGUACAUUGGGGCAGCAAGGCGAUUGGUUUUUCCUUGGGGGGAGUGGCAGGGUCUGGCUGGCCUGUGGCCCCGAGAGAAUGCAUCAUGUGAGAAUAUACCAAAUUGUUUUUUUUUUUUUUUUUAAUAUGUGUAUAGCUAUUAAUUUUUAGUCAGCGGCGGUCGCAGCGGCUCGCCUCGUGUACAGCCCGCUCGCCGCUUCUUAUAGGUUUAACUCUCUUCGCUAAGAUUUCAUUUAGGGCAGCAAAGCAAAACAACUCCCCCCACCCCCUCCCCCUUCGACCGGUGCUUUGAGUUGAGGGAGAAGAAAAGGAAGGAGGGGUAAUAUAAGCGAAAAUCGAGAGAGAGAGAGAGAGAGAGAGAGAGAGAGAGAGAGAGAGAGAGAGAGAGAGAGAGAGAGAGAGAGAGAGGGGAAAAACAAGCUACUCGCGUAAGAAUAGAACAUAGCACGUAAGUACUCGCCGGAGAAACGUAAACACAAGCUCCAGCGAGAGAGAGAUUAGGGAAGUAGGGGAAAGGGAAAGCACGGAGAAGCGAGAGGAGGUUACCUCCCUCUCGUCGCCCACUUUCCGCCCCAAAGUUCUCGCUAAGGCCAUUCGACUGAAAUUCGUAUCGUUUUUUAAAGGCGCUCGAUUCGCAUUACAGUAGGCGACGAACCCUCCCCCGGUUGACGUAGCGUCUUAUUGCAUAAAAAAACGAGAAAACAGGAACACACACAC